AUGCAGUUGGCAGCCUUGAUCCUCGCCUCGCUGCCCGGCAUCGCUGUCGCCGCAACGGCCUACCUCCCUCCGCCGGCCCUGCUGGCAAAAGUGCGAGAUCCCGCCAGCAAGUGCAUCCUGCCGGGCGACUACCAUGUCCGUGACUUUGCUGGCAUUUCCAACGACACGGAGGCCACUUUGUCCUCGUACAACUUCACGUACCUCAGCGCCAGCACUCAGGUGUCGACGAGCUGCCAUUUCAACGCCUCGUCGGUGUCGACAACGCCCGACUGGCUGACGCCGCGCUUCUCGUGCCAGAACAGGGACGUCAAGUUUAUCUGGCAGGAUGAAAAAAAGUCGCUGCUGAUGAUCCAGCGAGCCUGCCCAGACACCAAGGGAAUACCAGCCUACGAAGUAUCGGGCAGCGUCGUUGUCUUGCUCUCCUGCCAAGGCAAAGCCGGAAGGUGUGUCGCCAACCAGACCGACUUGGCGUCCAACUUCACCAGCAUCUCGCCCGUCUUGGAUCCCACCAUUGCCCAGCGCGGACUAGGUUGA